AUGCGCAACCUCAAGAUUGUAGGAAGGUCGCUCCUGCGAUUUUCUGGAGACGAGCCACUACCGUUAACGGCGACUGCAUGGGACGCCGCCUCAAAUGCACUGGUAUGCGCCUUCGGCCCUUCGGAAUCACGUGCGACCAUCGAACUCAAGAGGCUGCAUUAUACUCGCAACGGCGUCGAGGAAAAGCUUGAAAGCAUCGCAUCGUGGGAUGCGCCGUGCCCGCUGCCCUCGCUUACCCAUGACUCAAUCUUGAGCCUGCACCAUUUCGCCGACACUUCGACAUCAUGUUUGAUUUUGGCCGGAGGAGACAUCGUGCUUGUGCGGGAGGAGCCAUCAUCCACAGAAGAGCUAGUUGAGAUCGUGGGCUCAGUCGAUGCCGGUAUCUCUGCUGCUGCGUGGUCACCAGAUGAAGAACUUCUCGCCAUCACCACACAGGCCGACACCUUACUAUUGAUGAGUCGCGAUAUCGAAAACAUUGCGAGUAUCAAUCUCACUCCCGAAGAUGUCAACGUCUCCAGUCAUGUCUCGGUUGGUUGGGGAAAGAAAGAGACACAGUUCAAAGGCAAACGAGCCAGAGCACUGCAAGAUCCAACAGUACCCGAAAGUAUCGACGAGGGUGUACUUAGCCCACUAGACGAUCGUUCUGUCACAAUAAGCUGGAGAGGUGACGGCGCAUGGUUUGCAGUAAGCAAGGUCGAAGAAGAGCGCCGGCGCAUGAUCCGUGUCUACUCCCGGGAAGGACAGCUGGACAGCGUGAGCGAGCCUGUGGAUGGCCUUGAAGGGGCUCUCAGUUGGAGACCAUCAGGCAAUCUGAUUGCGAGUACUCGCCGGACCGGAGAUAAGAUUGAGGUAGUCUUCUUCGAGCGGAAUGGUCUUCGCCACGGCCAAUUCGAUCUUCGAUUUACCCCGGAAGAGCUUGCGGCCCUCUCGGUUCCGUUAACACUUAAGUGGAAUAGCGACUCCAAUGUGUUAGCUGUAUCAUAUCCUGACAAAGUACAACUUUGGACGAUGAGUAACUACCACUACUAUCUCAAGCAAGAACUUCGAUUUCCGGAGGCUGCUCCUCGGACAGUCAUAUGUAGUUGGCAUGCCGAGCGUCCGCUCGCAGUAGCUUUGUCAACUCCUGAUGCGCUCCAAGUGCUUGAGUACGCGUCUACAAUCUCGGCCGGCUCAGUCGCCCCACCGAACGAUUUUGGCAUGAUUGCUUCAAUAGAUGGAUUAUUCCUGAAACUCACACCACUUCGCAUCGCGAAUGUGCCACCUCCCAUGUCACUUCACACUCUGGCUCUCGACUCAAAACCCAUGGACGUAGCGCUUUCAAAAUCUGGCAAUCGCUUGGCAGUGCUCUCCGACAGCGACCUUGCCGUAUAUGCUCUCGAUCUCAACAAGCGGCCUAUACCCAAGCCUAGUCUCCUCUGGCGCAGUGAUGCGAUAAGUCAUGGGUCACCACGCCACGUCACAUUCUUUGGUGAGGAUCAGAUCUUUGUACUAGCAGACAGCUGGGACGAAGAGGAAAGCUCGCUCUGGCAGUCUGAAGGCGAUGUGUUACUGCCCCAAGGACACAUAAUGGAGACCGAGAACGCUUCUCUACUUUUGGCUAAUGUCCAUCAAGAAACUCCGUACAUCGAGUUUCAGAAUGGUGCCUUACAUCAGGUUGUUGUAGAUGAGCUGAGAUCGGAUUGUGCUCCCCUAACGCCUUUUGUGCACAAGUUUCCUUCAUUUGCGCCCGAGGUUCAAGUGAUCAAUGUUGAAGGCCAGACAUUGGCAUUUGGAUUGACAAAGAGUGGGGUGCUAUACGCCAAUGAGCGCAUACUGGUCCGCAACUGCACUUCUUUCGUGGUUACUACCGCGCAUCUCAUUUUCACAACGACACAACAUCUACUCAAGUUUGUGCAUCUCGCUAGUGCAGAUGAGCUCGAAGUACCCGCAGACGAGCCACAAAAGGAUGAGAGAUGCAGGAGCAUUGAAAGAGGAGCAAAGAUCGUUACUGUGAUGCCUACGACAUACUCAGUCGUGUUGCAGAUGCCAAGAGGUAAUCUUGAGACGAUCUAUCCGCGAGCGCUUGUGCUUGCUGCUAUCCGUCGCAACGUCGAGGCAGAGCGUUACGAUGAAGCCUUCUUUGCUUGUCGUAAUCAGCGCGUCGAUCUGAACAUACUUCAUGAUCACGAUCCGGAGCGGUUCAUGGCGAGCCUGGAGAAGAUUAUUUCACAGAUCAAGAAGAUAGAACAUAUUGACUUGCUCCUGGCGCAGCUCCGUAACGAGGACGUAUCAGAAACCAUGUAUAAGGAAACGUUGAAGACGAAAGAUCUAGCUACGAAGUCAAAGCUCUCCCAAGAUCAAGUCGAGAACAAAGUAAACCGGAUAUGCGACGCUUUCCUAACCGUAUUAGAGAAGUCUCAGUACAAGGACGCGCACCUGCAAAACAUCAUCACAGCCCAUGUCUCCAAGACACCACCAGCUCUGGAAACAGGUCUUGCUAUGAUAGGUCGCCUACAAGCAUCUAACGAUCCCCUCACUGACAAGGCCGCCGAACACAUAUGCUUCCUUGCAGACGUCAACCAACUAUACGACACAUCUUUGGGACUGUACAACCUUGACCUUGCCCUGCUGAUCGCUCAACAGUCACAAAAGGAUCCGCGAGAGUAUCUGCCACACCUGCAGUCUCUGCAAGAUCUGCCCGAAACUCGUCGCAAGUUCAAGAUCGACGACCAGCUCGGACGAAGAGCGAAAGCGCUCACGCAUCUCAAGGAUCUUCAAGCCUACGAUGAGGUACAAGACUAUGUGCAAAAGCACGAUCUCUACCCUGAAGCCUUGAGCAUGUACCAAUACGACAGCACCCGUCUGAAAGAAAUCAUGAGGUUGUACGCAGACUUCUUGAGUACUAACAACAAGAACAAAGAAGCUGCAUUGGCGUACGAAUACCUCAACGAUCAUGCCUCCGCUUGGCCUUGCUAUCGUUCAGCCAACCUCUGGCGUGAGGCUUUGUCGUCUGCUAUUCUCGCCGACGUAAGCGCAGAUGAACUCUCAAGCAUUGCGACAGAUCUCGCAGAAGGCCUCGCAGAAUCCAAAGACUACCUGUCAGCUUCAUCAAUAACACUCGACUACCUCUCCGACCUUGCGUCCGCGGCACGUCUCUUAUGCAGAGGCUGCCACUUCGCCGAAGCAAUUCGCAUCGUCACACUCCGCCGCGAGCCCACUCUCAUCACCGAAGUCAUCGACCCCGGCCUCAUCGAGCGUAGUGCAGACAUGACAGAGUUCCUCGCCGACAUGAAGGGCCAACUGCAAGCCCAGGUACCUCGGCUCAAGGAACUCAGGGCCAAGAAAGCAGAAGAUCCAAUGGCCUUCUACGAGGGUAUGAUCGACGGUCCUGCCGACGCCAACAUCCCCGACAAUAUCUCUCUAGCACCCACAGAUACAACGAGCGGUGGUACAUUCAUGACCAGGUACACGAACCAGACUGGUACGGUGAACACAACAACCACACGCAAGACAAGCAAGAACAAGCGGAGAGAAGAGAGGAAGCGUGCGCGUGGUAAGAAGGGUACAGUAUACGAAGAAGAGUAUCUCACAAACUCCAUCGAACGCCUCAUUGAGCGUAUCAAUAGCAUGCAAGAAGAGAUUCAGCGGCUUGUUGAAGGUUUGGUUAGGCGGGGUAUGAGAGAGCGUGCUGACGCUGUGUCCAACGCUGUCAACGAGGUCAUGCAACGGUGUCAAGAUGCUAUCAAGGAGAUGUAUCCGCCUGUAGCUGCUGGAAGCUCUGAGGGUGUCAAUGGGGUACUGGUUGGAGUUGAGGGCGAGGCGAUGAAGCCAACCGGUGGGGAUGCGACGCUUUGGGAUAGCUUGCAGGAGGUUGGGAAGAAGAGGGAGGCGCCUGUGGUGAAGAUGUUUGAGAGGCUUAGCCUUUUGGGAUAG